AUGAAGCCUGCCACUGGCACAACUUCUCUAUUCGGACAACCUCAGCAGCAGCAACCAGCUAACAGCCUGUCGAAUGCACCUCCUCUAGGCCAAACGCAGCCUCAAGGGACUGGACUGUUCGGUGGAUUCGGUCAGAAUCAACAACAAAAUCAACAGCAGACCGGAGGAGGCCUCUUUGGACAACCACAGCAGCAGCAGACCAAUGCUGGGGGGCUUUUUGGCCAACCCCAGCAGCAAACGACAACAGGAGGUCUUUUCGGGCAGACCCAACCCCAACAAAACACUGGAGGUCUUUUUGGACAACCUCAACAGCAACCUGCUGCCGGAGGCCUGUUCGGGCAACCUCAGCUGCAGCAGCAACCAGCAGGAGGUCUAUUCGGACAGACACAACAGCAACAGCAACCAGCAGGUGGCCUAUUUGGCCAACCUCAACAGCAGCAACAGCCAGCAGCGGGAGGCCUCUUUGGACAACCCCAACAGCAGCAGCAACAACAGCAACAACAGCAACAACCACAGGGUGGCCUUUUCGGUAGCACGCUCUUCGGCACUAAUACCAAUGCCAACACCACAACUCAGCAACCUCAACAAAGUGGUCUUUUUGGAUCCACGACGGCCACAAACCCGCUCCAAGCACAGGCGACGCUGCCGGCAGGUGCUUUCGGAUCAAGUACGACUGGAGGAACAAGUGGAUUCGGUGGGCUGGGCGGUGGGAGCACGCUCUUUGGGACAAAAUCACAACAGCCCCAACAGCAACCUCAGUCCAAAAUCUGCAGUCUAUUCGGAAACACGACGCAGAACACUGGGUUCGGCUUGGGUCAAUCUACGAAUCUGAAUGUAUCAACCCAGCCUGCUGGACCGCCACCGUUCACAAAAUCUACCAAGUUCAACGACCUCCCAGAUGAUAUAAAGAAGGUUCUGGAAACCAUUGACACACAUAUCCAAGGCCGAGUUCAGAUUUGCAAGGAUCUCCAACAGCGGAAAUUAGGCGACGAGCCGACCAAGGGACAUGACGCGAUUCGUAGCCUGCACAAAGACCUGGUUAAAACUGCGACGACAAUUCGAAACGACAGCCAUAUCACUCAAGACCUAAAGGCUAAAGUGGAUCAAGCCGUCGAAGAUACCAUUGUGGCGACGCGUAUCAUUGAUGGUUUUAGGAAUCCGCAAAGUGGGAGUACGUACCUCAAAGAUCAUGCAGCCUUCCCGCUGGAGUAUUUCACUCGUGUGACGGACCAGAUGAAGGAGCGGCUAGCCUGGUACAAGGCUACGAUUGAGCAAAUCGAACGAAAACUUGCAUCAGCAACGAACUCGAUGCAAACGCCGCAAAGCAUUUCGGCGACACUUCAGGCCCAGCAUUCAACUUUCCUUGCUCUCGCGAGUAAAACCGCGUCUAUCGAUGCUGAAUUGCAAAAGAUAAAGGCGUUGUAUACCCAGCUCUGGCGUGCGAAGACAGGCAGCGUGCGAGAUCCUUUCAACGAUGUCGUAAAACCCACCGAGAAGGCUGGAGAUUUCGGGUUAAGCGGGUUGAACGUUCGGUGA